AUGUCAAGGGCAACGAACGGAUCGAACCCCAAAGAUCAACACAGGGAUCACUUGAUUUCUGAUGCCAGUUCAGAGUCUAAAUUUCACUCUGUUAUUUUUGGUCAAAAACAUACAAAUAGCUCGUAUUUUAACGUCCCUGGGGUAUUUGUGGGAUUCAAUCCUAGGAGUUCAGAAUCCGAUUCAGAGAGAAGCCCGACUUCCCCAUUAGAUUAUAAGGUUUUCUCUAAUAUGGGCAAUCCACUUAAGCCCCGAAGAUCAUCAAAUGAGGUGCAUCAAAAGAGCUGGGAUUGUAGCAAAGUCGGUCUAAGUAUUAUAGAUUCUCUUUACAAUGAAAGUAAAUACUCGGGGAAGGUUAUCGGAUCAUCUGAUAGUAAAAAUAUUCUUUUUGGACCAAAAAUGAGGAUAUCAAAUGCAAAUUUUCGAGGUUGCAUCGAUUCUCUUGAAGUUCCAAGAUCAUUGCCGAAAAAUGUUGCCAUUUUUCCAAAUGACGUGGCGAAACCACCCAAUCACAUAAAGGACAAUUCUAAUGUCUUGUUCGAAAUUGGAGGAGCUCCAUCUGAGCCAGAGCAGUUUGAUAAAAAUCUUCACUCUUGUUCAUUAGAUUCUGGAAGGUUGUCUGGUAAUUUGAAUUCCAAGAAUGCAAUAAGCCACAUGUUUUCAGAAUCAAAGUUAGGUGAUUCAUCUGUAACGAAGCUGAGUUCAAUUCCGGCAUCAAUUAGCUGUGGAUCUGGUUUUAUUGGUUCUGUUCCGGCAAGGGAGGUUGAGCUUUCUGAGGAUUAUACCUGUGUGAGAACACAUGGCCCUAACCCCAAAGUUACUCACAUCUUUGGUGACUGCAUUUUAGAAUGUCACGACAAAUUAGCCGACGUUUUCGAGGAAACUUUAGAGGAAAUUCCAUUGCCUCAGGCGGCUGAAUGCUCUGACGUUUUUCCUUCUUAUCCCUCCAGUGAUUUCUUGAAAUUUUGUUACUCUUGCAAGAAGAAAUUGGAAGGGGAAGAUGUUUACAUGUACAGAGGUGAGAAAGCAUUUUGCAGUUGGAGUUGCCGUUCACAGGUUAUUUUGAUUGAUGAAGAGGUGGAGAAAACAAGCAAUAAUUCUUCUGAAAACUUUGUUUAUCCAAACGGCAGGGAAGAAAGUUUUGAGAGCAGCUUGUUUAUAUCUGCAUAG